AUGAUCUCAACGACCUCUUUACCAAAACAAAUUUUUUCCAUCCGCGUCAACCCCAGGAUUCCUCAACGCGACCACCUUUUAAUAUCCCGAUCACCAAUUCUUCCUGUGAAAGCAGCAUCACUUCUUGCGAGCAAUACCGCAGCAAUGCCUUCGUACAAGAUUCCCAAUGACGAGGUCUGGUUCACGGACGACGUCGAACCCAUCCCUGAAUCCCCUCCUAAGAUCCCUCAACGCUCCCAAGGCCUUACCUUCGGUGAGAUGCUUGAGAGAGCCAUUGACCUCAACAUCUCAACUGUCGUCUCCUUCGAGGAACUCUCUCUCCGUCUCUAUCGCCAUGAUCUCAACGCGAUGGUCGACGACUUGACCGACAAGACCUACGCUACCGAGUUGGGCUACGGCAAAUUCUCUUUCAUGUCUCAGGAGGACACCCGGGACAUUGUUCUCCAGCGUCUCGACUUAAAGAACCAAGCUGGUGAGCAGAUGAUUGCCAAGAUCGAUGAGCUCUCUAUUGCAUUGAAGAAGGAGAUCAACGUCGAAAUUCAAGAAGCUCAUGAUCGAAUCAUCAGCAACGCCGCUGAACUGGAUAUCCGCGUUACCUCCGAGAGUAAUGUCACGCCGGAGACCGCUACUGUCCCGAAGAGCAAGGUCGUCCUGAUGAACACUGCCGCCACGAAGAGCAAGCGUGUCUCGAUGAGCAAUGCUACCACGAAGAGCAACGGUGUCCCCAAGCACACUGCUGCCCCGAAGAACAAGCAUGUUUCAUUGAACAACGGGGUUCCAGAGAGCAUGCAGUUCACUUUCCAACUUCCUAUUAGACCUAGACGUCAGGUUCAAGCCCGAGAAGUUGAGGAGGUCAAGCCUUCUUCUAUUGCUAAGCAAUAG